UAUCGAUUUUUUCUCAUAAAUUUUUAAAAUGCUAAUCAUCACAGCAGCUCAUGAAUUGAUUUCCAUUUUCGUUUUUAUAAGCAAACAGAUGAGCAAGAACAAGAACAGAAACAAAAUUAACAUUUAAUAUCUAUUUUCUGAAAUGUCUUGGCUAAAAAUCGCGGUGAAUAGAGCCGUCAUAGCCGGCGGAAACGGAAACAUCAGACGCAACGUUUGGAGCGUUGCCGAUGCCGUGGUUCAACAAGCUGGAAAUGCCGUCACUGGAGGCGCCAAACUUAUCCAGGACCGCAUUGCCUCUAGGAGUUUGAAAAGCUUUAGACAGACGGUGAAAAGACUGGAAGAAGUUUCGGUGUCGUGUAAAGGAAUAGAGAGAGUUCAGAUGUUAAGAAGAUGGUUGGUUGCCUUAAAAGAAAUCGACAGAUUAACCGCAUUUGGUCUUUCCAAAGAUUCCAAAGACCAGCUCAAUUCUGAUGAGGCCAUAGAUUCUUCUCGGAAACCUACUUUGGUUUAUUAUGCGGACCCUGAUAUGGAUUGUGAGCCGAGGAAUUUUCGUGAUGUUUUCCUUUACAGUCAAGCUCUUGAAGGCAUAAUAAUGUCUAUGAUUCUUGAAGAACCAGCUGAGGAGGAGGUUUCACUAUUAUUGGAGAUAUUUGGGCUUUGUCUUGCAGGAGGAAAGGAAGUUCACAAUGCAGUAAUGAGUAGCAUAUGGGAUCUAGCAACAGCAUUCUCAAAGUACAAGGAUGAAGUUCUGGUAAAACGAGAAGAGUUACUCCGAUAUGCUCAAGGUGCAAUUGCAGGCCUGAAGAUCAAUGCUGAUCUAUCAAGAAUAGAUGCUGAAGCAUCCAGUAUAAAGGAAAAACUUGAUAAAAUAAAGCCAAUUCAGCAACAAUCGAAUGAAGGUGAUGAUAAAUUAUCAGAAGAGGAUCUAAAAGAAGCUCUUGGGCAAAUUCAACUGUGUUCCAAGUUGGAAGAACUAUUGGUAAAGAAGAAGUCUUUGAGCAAUGGGGAUUCUCCAGAAUUUCAUGCUGAAAAGGUUCAUAAGUUAAAAAUAUUUGUGGAAUCACUUGCUAACUCAACUUCACAAGCUGAAAGGCGCAUUUUAGACCACAGAUCUCAGAAAGAAGAAGCAGUUAACUUCCGUUUGGCAAAAGCCAAAGAAAUUGGCCAACUUGAGAAAGAGUUAGCCGUGGAGAUUCAAGAGUUUGAGAAGAAAAAGGAUGAACUGGAAAGUGAAUUGAAAAAGGUCUGCACCUCAUUGGCUGUUUCUCGUGCUCGCCUUCGAAAUGCCAGGGAAGAACGAGAGCAGUUUGAUAAUGCUAGCAAUGAGAUAUUAAUGCACUUGAAGUCAAAGGAAGAUGAGCUUUCAAGAUCAAGUUCUUCAUGUAAAAAAGAGGCAAAUGUGGUCGAUACAUGGAUUAACUUUCUGGAAGACACCUGGAAUCUCCAGACAGCCCAAAAUGAUAUGAAGGAGAAGCAGGUUAAUGAUGACUUGGUGAAAUGUGGAGACCGUUUUGUGAGUCUGGUUAUUCGUCUUCUCUCUGCUUACAAGGAACAACUUGCACUCUCAAUCACAAAUAUCCAUAAACUUGUUGAGAAAUUGCGAUUAAAUGAAGGGUCAGAGAUAGCACUGAGCAGAGACAAGGAAAGUCCAAAAAAAAUAAUUACAAGGAAAUCUCUUGAAGAGGAAUAUUUGAAUCUAGAAGGAAAGUUUAUAAAAACCUUAAGCAUAGUGGAUGCAAUGCAGAAGCAGUUUUUCAUGCCGAAUGAAGACGUUUACAGGAAAGAGAUUGAAAGGGUCAAAGAGCUAUUUGAUGCUCUUGCAAAAAUAAAAGAGGAAUAUGAAUCCAUUGAGAGACCAAAUUUGAGAGUUGAGACUCCAACUGGAAGACCACAAUCGCCGUUGUGUGAUAAAAAUUCAUCUCCUUCCUCUAGCCAAUUUUCUGAAACACAGAAGAACAAACAAGAGAAAAUCUCAAAUAAGAAAGAUAAAGUGUCGGAUGUGACUGCAGAACUGGAGAGAUUAGAUUCAGGUUCUGGGAGGAGUAGCAGAGACGACAACUCAGACGAGAUUAUCGAAUGGGAGUUCGAUGCACUUGACAAAGAUCUACACAUCAGUGGUUGACCAACCACGACAGCUACUUAAGUACAGAUAUCUCUUUGUUAUCUAACUUUAUAGCAGGGUGAUACAGAAACACAGAUUUCUCCUUACCAGAUGAGUAACAGGCCUUUAUAGUACCAGAAAUCUAAUCACUUACUAUCGAGUCCAAGUUAACGGAAAAUUUGCAGUGGAACUGGACACUCAGUAGAUUUAUUUGAUGCGUAAAUGUUCGAAAAUCUGACGACCAAAUGUAGAUAACUCAAUGUUAUGUGUAUUCAUGUCUUAUUAAUCCAGCUGGGUUUUCAUUUUCA